AUGGAUAUAGUGAAAACCUUGAAUUGUAAUAGAGCAAUCCCUGACCUAGAUUCACUUACAACCAAUCUAGUUGAAUCAUGCGUUAAAGAUACUAAAGAAAACUACCAGAGAUUCUGGAGACAUAAACUUGAAAACUCAUCCAAACUUACCUUCUACACAAGCAUAAAGGAAGACUAUGAGCUUGAAACUUAUUUGACUACCAUAACUUAUUCAAACCAAAGAAAACGUUUAACACAGCUCCGACUAAGUAACCAUAAACCAAUGAUUGAACUCGGUAGAUACGAAAACAUUCCGCGAGAAGACCGAAUAUGCAAGGUCUGCCAGGCAGGAGAAAUUGAAACGGAACAUCACUUCCUAACAUCCUGUGAAGCCUAUAGUAGUCUCCGAGAAAACUUUUUAAAUAACUUGGAAAGUGAUCCCACCAAUGAAACAGAUUUAAACGAACACAGUUUAUCAGUUGAGAUAAUGAAAUCAACUGAUAAAGAAACCGUGAUAAAAUUAUCAAAAUUUAUCUCUUUAUGUUUUGAGAAGAGAUCUAAAUGCCUUGAAGCUCGGAAUGCUGACAGUCAAUAG